AUUACGUCGACGUCAAAUUCGAUCCACUGGCAUGUUCAUCAACUACAACGAACUCGACUGCGUUAUUACAAUCAUUCCAACGAACUCGUCUUAUCAUAUCUCCAAACGAAAUGGCUGAGCAAGCAGGAGAAGCUGUUCCUCCCGCCCAACGAAGCAGUUGGACUUCGUUCUUGAAAAGUAUCGCUUCCGUGUCAGGCGAUUUAUCGUCCAUGACGUGCCCGCCAUUCAUCCUUUCCCCCGUAUCAUUGACCGAAUUUCCUGCUUACUGGUGUGAGCACCCAGAGCUAUUUGCGGCUAUCGCGGACCAAAAUACAGAGGAGCAGAGGACACUCGCUGUUGUCAAGUGGUUUAUUAGCACUCUGAAAGGCCAAUAUACGUCUAGAAAUGAAUCUAUGGGAUCGGAGAAGAAGCCAUUGAACCCCGUUCUUGGAGAGUUAUUCUACGGCAAAUGGCCCGACAUCAAUGGUCGGGGAGAAACCCAACUCCUCGUUGAACAAGUUUCGCAUCACCCGCCUAUAACCGCAUACGCCAUUGAAAACAAGAGCAAAGGAGUAAAGCUUGUCGGCCAUAACGCGCAAAAGACCUCGUUCAGUGGCGGGUCUAUCAUCGUUAAACAACUUGGACACGCUACCUUAACCGUCAAACUUCAAUCUGGAGAUGUUGCUGAGUAUCUUAUCACACUUCCUCGAUUGCGGAUAGAUGGUCUGUGGUAUGGCGCUCCGUACAUCGAACUGUCCGAAAGUUCUUCGAUCAUUAGCAAGAAUUACGUUUGUUCGAUUGAUUACAAAGGCAAAGGUUAUUUCUCUGGCAAGACACAUUCUUUCAAGGCGACGCUAAACCCUGCGCCUGGCCUUGGUGGAACUCUUGGAAGCCAUGUCAUCGAGGGUACAUGGCACACUACCAGUAAAUUCACAAGUGGUCCCAAGACAGGUAUGGAAUUCCACAACGUUACGGGGCCCAAGGAAGAAGUAACUGCUAUCGGCGGUCAAACGUCUGGUGAGAUGGGUGAAUUCGAAACCCGGGAAUUGUGGAAGCUCGUCGCCAAAGGAAUCAGGGAAGGCGAUUUCGAUAUGGCUAGCAGAGAAAAGUCCAAGAUAGAGAAUGACCAGCGACAGAGACGAAAGGAUGAGAUCGCAGUUGGGACCAAGUGGCCGCUCAAGCAUUUUGACCAUGUAGAUGCAGACCCUACCUAUGAACGUCUCGGGAAACUCGGGAAGAUAAGUCCUGCAACUGAAGACACGUAUCUUUUCAAAGAGAAUUGGCCUCCUAUUGCAUAGAUAUUUGUGUGGAUAGGCCCCGAGUGGAGUUAGAGGUCGCAGAGUACAUAACUUAAUGUUACCAGUUAAUGAUUUUACGAGGACAGUAGUUGGUCCAUGGGUAGAGCCUAAGACAGCUCAUACUUACAGCUUGGAUUGUUACUACAUGAUAUCAUAUAUGUUUCUCGUUCAUUUUAGUAACUGACUUAUUCCAAACGAUACCGUUUAUUUGAAC